AAGACCCUGCUCACAGCGGUUGCAAAAGGCUCGCCAAGACUAAGGUAGCAAAGUCCAAGUACGCUCCUACAAGGAAACCUGAUAGGGGAGAAGGAGAUAAGUUCAUCUUGCGGUUGGCCAGAGUGGAGCACUGAAGGCUGUAAGGAACAGCAACGGUGUUAAGCUGAGGAAGCUGGCGAGUUCAGGCACAGUCUCCUGUUAUUAACGACUCCUGCUAUUAAUGCGUAUGGAAGCGACAAAUGUGGGUAUUGUCACUUCCUUGUCGCCACUUUUGAAGCGGGUCUCCGGCGAACUUCUCGGCACCAUUUUGCCGGUGGGGUAAUUUUUUUCAAAUUUUCUUGA